CGGCGACUUCAUGCGGAUGCACAACUCCACCUUAUAGACGUGAGGGGACUGAAUCAGGAUACAUGUCAUAACUAAAACGACCUUGUUUGACCGUUUCUCCUCCUUUUCCCCACUCCUUAAACGGGAACGUCCCUUCUUUUUCUCUCUUCCAUCCUUCCCCUUUCUCUUUCCUUCCCAAUCCCUCCCAAACACUUCAAACGAAGAAAGAACAAAGAUUAGUGGAAUCGAGAUUUAUUUUGCAAUCCAAAUCUUUCUUUGGAAACGUAAGUUUCAAUCUGAAAAGGGUUUCUUUUUGUUUCAUCGAAUGUGAUGAAAUGGAUAGUCGCAAGAUGGAUCGAAGGAAAACUAUGACCAUGAAUUGGGAUGGUCUACGAGACGAUGACGAUGAGUUCUUUGAAUCCUACGAUCGAAUAUCCUCCGUUGUGCCUUUAGACUUGGCUUCUUCUGGUUCCGAAGAUGAAGAUGAAGAUUUCGAUGAUUGCCGCAUUUCUUUCGCUUCCGCAGUGUCGUCGGUUCAUACUCCACAAUUCCGAGCUUUUGCGACGAAAGCGACCCCAAUGUCUCCUGACUAUGAUAUUUGGAUGGCGUCUCCAGGGUCCGUUAAGGAACGGAGGCAGCGGCUUUUCCAAGGAAUGGGCUUAUCUCCUGACAAAGAGCUUCUCAGUUUCAAACGUGUGGUUUCCAACAAGGUCCCUAACUGUCAGGUUCAGACAACAACUCAAGUACCCGUAGCCGUUACGAGUGUUUCCACAAUGGAAAAUCAAGAAAACAAUGAAGAUUCUUCGAAAUCGGAACUGCCUCACUCUCCGCUUCCCAUCCUGUUCGUACGGUCCCGGUCCGAAGGUGAGAUCGAGUCACUUUCCAUUGAAAAGAAAAGAAAAGAAGUGCUUCUUGGUUCCAUAUCAAAGCAACGUCUCACAAGAACAUAUUCUUUAAUAUCAACCCCACAUGCAAAAUCGUAUCCGUACCAGGAAAGCAUUAGAGCUUCCCCUAAAGAUGUAGGGAAUAGUCAUACAAUUAAGCAAAAUGGUGGCUUAACCUCCAUGUUUUCAAAAAAUAGGUUCGGAGCUUUUUUCUUGAUUAAGAAUUUGGAUACAGGGAAAGAGUUUAUAGUUAAUGAAUAUGAUCAAGAUGGGAUGUGGAACAAGCUAAGUGAUCUUCAAACAGGGAAGCAGUUGACAAUGGAGGAAUUUGAGAAAUGUGUGGGGUAUUCGCCAGUGGUAAAGGAGUUAAUGCGUCGAGAAAAUGUUAACAGGAUGAUCGGUGAUUCCGGAAAUGAUCGGAAGUUUAAUUCUUAUCUUUCGAAGAGUUUGAGGAUGAGCAAGAGAAGAGGUGCAGCCGUGUUGAGAAGUAUAAAAGGGGUGGCCAAUUCCAUGACAUUGAGGGGUGAGAAGGAAAGGGAGAUUGUGUUAGCUCCGGAUCCCAAGAAUGGCACCAAGAACGGAAAUAACCAGUGGGUGAAAGUUAGACAAACAGGGAAGGCUUAUAAGGAGUUGAGUGCUUUACAUUUAUGUCAAGAAAUUCAAGCUCAUGAGGGAUCGAUUUGGACCAUCAGGUUUAGUACUGAUACAAGGUUUUUAGCAAGUGCUGGUGAGGAUAAGAUAAUUCAUGUGUGGGAAGUUCAAGAAUGUGAGGUUAUGUCGAUGAGUGAAGGCAGUUUAACCCCACUUCAUCCGUCGCUUUCUAGUUCACCAAUUCAUCCAUCGCUCUCCAUGUCCCAAGAUCAAUCAGGACUUUUGGAAGCUGUAGGUAACCUACAUGAGAAAAAGAAGAAGGGAAAGGGCUCAUCUACUAAAAAAGGCAAUCAAAUUCCUGAUUAUGUCCAUGUGCCAGAAACUGUGUUUUCCCUGUCAGAUAAACCAGUGUGUUCUUUCAAGGGCCAUUUGGAUGAUGUUCUAGACUUGUCGUGGUCUAGAUCUCAGCAACUGCUUUCAUCUUCAAUGGACAAAACUGUUAGAUUAUGGGACCUGGAAUCAAAGAGCUGUUUAAAAUUGUUUGCCCACAAUGACUAUGUAACUUGCAUACAUUUCAAUCCCAUGGAUGACGAUUAUUUCAUAAGUGGUUCACUUGAUGCAAAAGUUAGAAUUUGGAACAUACCAGAUAGGCAAGUUGUUGAUUGGACUGAUCUACAUGAAAUGGUUACUUCUGCUUGCUACACCCCCGAUGGCCAGGGUGCUAUAAUUGGUUCACAUAAGGGCACUUGUCGCAUGUACGCUACUGAGGAGUACAAAUUAACUCAGUUAGAACAGAUUACCAUUCAAACCAAGAAGAAGGCUCAUGCUAAAAAGAUUACUGGUUUCCAGUUUUGCCCAAUUAAUCCAUCCGAAGUACUCAUUACCUCUGCUGAUUCUCGAAUACGAAUUCUGGAUAGUUCAGAUGUCAUUUACAAAUUUAAAGGGUUUCGAAAUACCAGCAGCCAAAUCUCAGCUUCAUUUACUUCAGAUGGAAAAUAUGUCGUAAGUGCAAGUGAAGAUUCUCAGGUAUUUGUUUGGAGGUACGAUGAGUCUCGGAAUACAGGCGCAGGGAAAAGAAGUGUUAUCACUGCUCGGGGUUACGAGUACUUCCCAUGUAAAGAUGUUUCGGUGGCAAUCCCAUGGCCUGGUACUAUAAGAGGUGAAGCUCCAUCAAUGCCGAUAGCACAUUCGAAAAGGCAUUCAAAACGAUCCCCGCCGCAGCAAACUAAUACUAACUGUGAAUCGCCGACCAAAGAAGAGAGCCCUCGAGCGAACAACAACAAGAAAGGCUUGCCCCCACUUCCAAAGAAAAACAAUAACAACAACAACAACAACAACCACAACCACAACAAUGUAGAGAGAAGUGUAACCCCUCCAGAAGAAGAGCUUGCUCAAAUUUCUCGUACAGAUACUGGGAUUGGCGAGUCACCGUCCAUUUCGAAUUCUUCCUCCCUAAGGCAUGGUGAUUCGCCUUCUGUUUCCGCUGCUAGCAACCUAAAUGCUUCUUCCUCGAUACGAGCUGGGGAUUCACCUUCUAUCUCUUCUGCUUCCAACCCAAGUUCUGCCUCAAUAAGAUACGGCGAUUCACCUUCUAUCUCUUCCGCCACGCCGUCGUCUUCUUGGUCUGCUUCUUGGUCUUGGUUCGAUGUUGGCGGCCAUGGAAAUCACCAUACGCAAGCGACAGCUUGGGGCCUAGUAAUCGUCACGGCCACAGUGGGAGUUCGAAUUUGUGGCGCGAAAAGCACAACAGAGAAAAUAAGAAUGGAAGAUUCUGCUCCUUUGGCCACCGUAGAAGACAUCCAAAAACGCCUCCUCCGCCCUCCCUCGCUUCACACUUCGCGGGAAGGCUUAAACUCUUCGCAAUUGAAAGUGAGUUCGAAACAGAGUGGAACGGUUAAAAAGAAGCUGGAAGAUUACUUACAUCCGGUCCUUUUGGCGGCAGUCUCAUCCAAGAUCGGUUGUUCAAAGAAGGCAAAAACAGAGACGAGAUUGAAAAGAGAGGUUCGGGGAUUCGAGUGGCCUGUCGAUGAACUCAAGGUGUUCGUGGAAGACGAUUCGAGGAUCACUAACAGAGCCAACUGGAGAAAUGGAGAAGCCGUUGACCUUAACAAUGAUUUCGAUGCAAUCGGCGUCGGCGAAGAUGAAAAUGAAGAGACCGCUUCCCCGUUUCAGCGUUUCGAAAAAACGGCGUUGAAAAUUUUCAAAGAUUGAAGAUUUAAAAAUUCAAAAGAUUCAGG